AUGAGUUAUCAACAAGAUAUGUAUCACGAAGCCGCGCGAUCCCCUGGCUCUCAACGACACCAACAACCUUUACAUCGUCAACCUUCUCGUCAAUUUGAUGCCUACGGUGCCAUGCCCACCAACUUGUACGAGGAUCAAAUGCGUUACGAGUCCGCUCGACUCGAGCGCUUGAACCCAUCCAUUCAGAACAACUACGGUGGCUAUGAUAUCUCCGGCUCGCAAACUUGGAACCCAAAUGGGUUCGCAAACGCACAAACCCUCGGAGGCAUUCGGUCGGCUUCCGCCAGUCUGAAGCCUAAUGCCCGAGGACGCACCGGUCUGCCCACGACGUGGUUAGAUCAACAACCCAACAUGCCUCAAGCAUUCUCAAACUUGGGCCCUGGUCCGAUUCAAAGCAGCGCCAUGCGACCGGAACCCUCGGCUUCAUCGGCCGACGACGACGAAUUGAUCCCAACCGCCAUCGUCAUCAAGAAUAUCCCAUUCGCCGUGAAGAAGGAGCAACUCGUUCAAUUAAUGACUGAACUGAACCUGCCUCUCCCUUACGCCUUCAACUACCACUUCGACAACGGCGUUUUCCGGGGUCUGGCUUUCGCCAACUUCACCUCAGCCGAAGAGACAGCAACCGUGAUCGAGGUGCUCAACCACUUUGAGCUGCAAGGCCGAAAAUUGCGAGUCGAGUACAAGAAGAUGCUGCCUCUUCAGGAGCGGGAACGUAUCGAGCGCGAGAAGAGGGAACGACGUGGCCAGUUGGAGGAGCAACACCGUCCGAUGGGAGGCGGUGGCGGUGGUCCUCAGCUUCAGACUCAGAGCUCCAUGUCUUCGCUCACUUCGCACAUUCCGGCCACUUCUCCCUCGCCCGUUUCGCAGCGUGGCCAAAAAAUCGAUGUGGACUUGAAUGACACCCAGACCCUCUCCUACUACUCCCAGCUACUCCUUUUCAAGGAAGAUACCGUUCGCGAUUCUGUUAUUUUCCCUCACAACCUUACCCCCUCCCAACGUCGCACGGUUCACACCCUGGCCCACAAUAUGGGAUUGGGCCACGCAUCCCGCGGCAGCGGCGAACAGCGUCAGGUUCAGGUCUUCAAGAUCGCCGCUGGCGCUAACGUGAGCCCUCCCAUGUCCUCCAUCCCGCCCUCUGCACAGUCUGAUAAUGGUCGUCGCGGUCUCAACCGUGCGGCUACCAUCGACUUCAGCGAGGCUCGUCAAGAAGCCGGAAAUGGUUUCAACACUCUGCGUGGACAGAACUCCGGCUUUUUGGGCGUGAUGGACUCCAACAAUGGCAACUUUGCCAACGGUCAAAACCUGCGCGCUGCCAAGUCCUUCGCGGACUUGCGAUCAUACACCCCUUCGCCUGUGCCUUCUUCCGCCAGCUUCCCCGCUGCAAUGCAGUCCAACGGCGCCCGCCUCCAGUACGACGGUGCGCAAACUGCAAACUCCAACACCCCUACCCUUACACCUGCUCAGUCUGGUUCUUCUCUUGGAAUGCAGCGUGACGACAACCUGCUGGUCAACAGCCUGGGUGGCCUAUCCCUCGGCACCGGUAUCGGUGGCCCGAACUCCAGCCCCCGCCGCCUGCGGGGUAUGUUCUCCUGGGAACAGGACAGCCAACAAUCCAAUGCCGGUGCUAUUGGUAGCAACCGCGGCAUGGGAAUGGGCUAUGAAGGUCAGCAAGAGCGCAUGCCUGUUCGUCAGCCUCGCGGCCCUACCCCCGACAAAGGCACUGGGUUUCGCCGUCAAAACGGCCACCAAGCCCGCGGAAGUGAUGAGCUCCGCACCAACUCCGGAGUAGAAAUCAUUGUGGAGUAA